GUCGGGAAUCUAGGGUUUCUCUCUCUCUCUCUCUCUCUCCGUCCAUGAUUUGUAGCGCCUCCCUCUCCUCAUCCUCCCUCCCCCAUAGCUUCUUCUGGGCUUCCCGAUCAUGUUCAAUUAAACUUUAUUUCUCGCGCCUCACCUUACAGAUCUUCUCUUUCUCCCUGAGUUUUUUCGCGAGUUUAUCCUAAUUUAUAACUUAUCAAGCUUUGAUUUUUUUCUUCUCCGAUUCGAUUUCGCCGCCGAGAUCUAUCAAAAAGGUCUCUGAUUCGUGCGGGUAUACUCUAACGGAAGCUAUUGGGCGCAUUAAAAUGGAACCGAAGAACAUAAAGGUUGCUAAUUUAACCGAUGAGGGUGACAUUGAUGGAGGUUCCGAGACUGGUAGCGUUAUAAGUUUGGAAGAUGACUCCGUCGUUGAUGUUUCAGGUCAAAACCUGGAGUUUUCUCUUCUGGGUGAUGUUGAUGAUUCGGUGAAAGGUCUCUACUUGUUCAGAAACGUGUUCAAUUUGAUUCCCAAAUCGAUUGGAGGGCUUGGGAGAUUGAAGAAGCUCAAGUUUUUCAGUAACGAGAUUGAUUUGUUUCCGCCGGAGUUGGGGAAUUUGGUGAACUUGGAGUACCUUCAGGUGAAGAUUUCGUCACCAGGUUUCGGCGACGGCUUGUCUUGGGAUAAGCUUAAGGGUUUGAAGGAGCUCGAGCUUACUAAAGUUCCUAAACGAUCUUCAGCUUUGACCCUCUUGAGCGAGAUUUCUGGGCUCAAGAGCUUGACAAGGCUCUCUGUUUCUCACUUCUCCAUUAGAUAUCUUCCCGCGGAGAUUGGAUGUCUUAAGAGUCUGGAGUAUCUGGAUCUCUCCUUUAACAAGAUUAAGAGUUUGCCUAACGAGAUAGGUUAUCUGAGUUCAUUAAUGUUCUUGAAGGUCGCUCACAACAGGCUGAUGGAGCUCCCACCGGUUUUAGCUUUACUACAAAACUUAGAAAGCCUAGACGUAUCAAACAACCGAUUGACAACUCUGGAUUCUCUCGAUUUAAGCUUGAUGCCUAGACUUCAAAUUUUAAACUUACAGUACAAUAAGCUCUCAAGUUAUUGCUCUAUUCCCACAUGGAUUCAAUGUAAUUUGGAAGGAAACUAUGAAGCUACUGCAGACUAUAAUUCUUCUUCUGAUAGGAAGGAACGAAAUCACAAGUCGAAGCGAUGUAGUGAGAAGUAUCUAGAUAACCCAAAAGGCUCUAAAUGCCAUAGACCAUCUACCGAUAUUUCUAAUUUAUCGCACAAAUACAGUAAAAGCUCAUUUUGUAGCACAGAAGAUUCUCUUCCUGACGGCUUUUUUGAUGCUGGACGUGAUAGGCCCUUUAUGCCUCUUAGUAGAUAUGAGAAAAUUUUGCCUCUUGAUUCACGUGAAGUCAUACUCUUGGACAGGACGAAAGAUGAAGUGUUGGAUGCAAUUACAGUCUCUGCUCGAGCCUUGGUAGCUAGGUUGAAGAAAUUGAACUGUUUAGCUGCAGAUGUAGAUGAAGCUUCCAUCGACAACUUGCAAGUUGCAUCGUUUCUUGCCCUUUUCGUAUCAGAUCACUUUGGGGGAAGUGACAGAACUGCUAUUGUUGAAAGAACCCGAAAGGCAGUGUCUGGUACAAACUACCAGAAACCUUUUAUCUGCACCUGUUUGACCGGGAACCAAGACGACUUGACUGCUCUCAACAAACAGGUCUCAACUACGGCUGAAGAUGUCAUUUUGUCUGAUGUUUGUGAAAAAUCCCUGCGUUCGAUUAAGUCCAAGCGGAACUCUAUAGUAGUUCCUCUAGGGAAACUGCAAUUUGGGAUCUGUAGGCACAGGGCCUUGCUCAUGAAGUACCUUUGUGAUCGCAUGGAGCCUCCUGUACCCUGUGAGCUUGUUAGAGGUUAUUUGGAUUUCAUGCCACAUGCCUGGAAUGUUGUCCCUGUAAAGCAAGAUUCCUCAUGGGUUCGUAUGGUGGUUGAUGCUUGCCGUCCUCAUGAUAUCAGGGAAGAUACAGAUCAAGAAUAUUUCUGCAGGUAUAUUCCCCUUAAUCGGCUAAAUGAAUCCAUCUGCACAAAGGAAAAUUUGGAACCAGGAUGUUCUGUUUCUUCUCUAUCAACGGGCAAAGGAGUAGAAAGAGCUAAUAGUAGUCUUAUCCGAUACAAGCUUGGCUCCACUGAAGCAGUUGCAAAGAUGCGUACAUUAGAGGUUUCUGGAGCUUCCUUAGAUGACAUUAGGACUUUUGAGUAUACUUGCUUAGGAGAAGUACGGAUUUUAGGAGCUUUGAAACAUGACUGCAUUGUGGAGUUAUAUGGACAUGAGAUAUCUUCCAAGUGGAUGACCUCAGAAAAUGGAAUUGAACAUCGACGCAUAUUGCAAUCUUCUAUUCUGAUGGAACACAUAAAAGGCGGAUCUCUGAAGGGUCACAUUGAGAAGCUCUCAGAAGCUGGUAAGCACCAUGUUCCGAUGGAUCUAGCUUUUUCUAUAGCAAGAGAUAUCUCAGGGGCUUUAGUGGAACUGCACUCAAAGGAUAUAAUUCAUCGCGACAUAAAAAGCGAAAACGUUUUGAUCGAUCUGGAAAAUCAAACUGCAAACGGAGAACCCAUUGUGAAGCUUUGUGAUUUUGAUAGAGCUGUUCCACUUAGGUCUCACUUGCACGGAUGCUGUAUUGCCCAUGUGGGAAUACCUCCUCCUAAUAUCUGUGUCGGUACGCCACGAUGGAUGUCCCCUGAAGUCUUCAGAGCAAUGCACGAACAAAACUUUUACGGACUUGAAGUGGAUAUCUGGUCAUUCGGUUGCUUAAUCUUUGAGUUGUUGACUCUACAAAAUCCAUAUUUUGAUUUAUCCGAGCUUCAGAUUCAUGAAUCACUACAGAAUGGCAAAAGACCAAAGCUACCAAAGAAACUAGUGACACUGAGCUCUGAAACAGAGGAAGACGAAUCAACUAACAAACUCUGUGAAGAGUUUGACCUAACCGAAUCUGACUUGGACACAUUGAGAUUUCUUAUCGACGUGUUUCACCAGUGCACUGAGGAGUCUCCGUUUGAUCGUCUAAAUGCAGGAGACCUCCAUGAAAUGAUUCUUUUACAGACAAAAAGAGAGUAAAUCUCCUAAAGGUAAUUCCACUUCUCCGCAAAGCUCAAGCCUUUAAAGGCUUUGAAGCUUAAAAGAGAGAAGAUAGAAAAAUUUGAUCUCAGUCUCUUUAAAGAUUAGAAUUAUGUUGUCAACAAUUUGGGUCUAAAAGCUUCAUAAGCUUUAAGGGAACCAGAGAACUAUAUAUAUAGGUGGUAAUUCUUUCUUCUUGUAACCUUGUUUGUUUCUUCAUUUUGUAAUCCUCACUGUUCUUAGUCUGUAUCAUUUGAUUUGUAGACACUA